AUGCCGUUCUGUGCUAGCUCGAAUCCGCGCGGGCUAUGCUCGUCCAGCUCGGUGCCUUUGACUCUGGAUGUCAAUAUAGGGCUUGUGGUUGACGAUGUCUUGGACCCGGCUGUUCUGCUGGAAAAGUGGACCCAGUUGAUCCGCAGCUCCCCAGUCAUGGGUGGCCUUUUGGAAAGUAAGACGGAAACACGGAGGCUCAUUCGCGGGUCUCUUGUCGAUUUCGACAGUCGGAUUCUGAACGACACUCUCAACUCGAUCCUUCCUUUCUCAUGGCAUGGGCAAUCUCGGCCAUCGACUCUCCACGAGAACGUCUCCGAUAUCGACGACAAGUUCUUGUUCAAUCCAACUUACAAUCCUAAGCCCGUCUGCUUGCUCCGAGCAACGAUCCUGAACGAUGCCACGAUCCUCUGCUUCAGUUUCGUCCACAGCCUGUUCGACGGACAGAGCUGUUUCGAUAUCAUCCAUUUCUUCUGUGAUUUGCUGUCGGAUAAACCAAUUCCUAAGCUCGCGCUUUCACCGGAUAUGACAGGCAUUCGAAUGUCAGAGCUCAUCCGGGAGACGACCAUCAGCGAUGAGGAACCUCGCAUGCCUCGAGAGGAUGUCUUCAUCACCAGCCGACUGGGUCAGUUGAAGCUUUACGCAAAAGCCCUGGUCGAAACAACGGUUGAGCUUUUUACGCGCUCCGAAAAGCUGACGCAGAGGCUUAUCCACCUCCCCGGGGCAUGGGUCGACGAGGUCCGAGCAAGCGCGCAGAAGGAGCUGGACAUGGACGAUGAAUACCCAGGCGUACGACUCACGCGCAACGACAUCAUUGCGGCCCUGUAUUUGAAGAUGGUGUACUCCUCAACGAAGCCAAGUAACAACCCUGUGGACUUUUACGGCCCUCUCAAUUACCGAUCGCUGCUUGGAUUGUCGGAUGAGACACAUUAUACGCAUAACAGCAUCAUCACCCUUCGAUGCCCUUUUUCCGAGCGCGAGAUCCAGGAUGCCUCGAUCGCCCAGAUUGCCGAGAAGAUCCGCCUUGCGACGAUGCAGUACAAGCAUCCGGCCGUCGUCAAGAAUGAACUGCGAGCAAAUGAAGACAGGGUGCUUGCACCGGCAAUUGUGAAAGUCCGGGGCAGCAUACAACGGAGUGUUCCAUAUAUCACACCGUGGACCACGUUCCAGUAUGCAGAUCUCGACUUCUCCGGUGCGAGUGCCAGGAAAACAGGGCGUAACGCCUCAGUCGUCUUUGUGAACCCGCAAUUCCGCCUCUUGAACGGCCAAGAGCAGCCUACGCUGUUCUUGACGACAUUGAAGGAUUGUUCGGGGGGAUACUGGCUUCGGGGAUCGAACACUGCGAGUGGAUGGGAGGCGUUUGAGACACUGUUUUAG